AAAUCCACCGAGCCAUUUAAUUCACCUUCCAACUAACGUCCAUUCUCACCCUUCGUUCGCCGCGAAUCGAACUAACAAACCCUCGAGAGGAAACUUCUCGAAUCGAAGAUGACGACCCACGAACGAUACGCGAAAAGAUUACGUUUCUUCGAUGACGAAUAGUCGGUAUAACAGACGUCUUAAACCACUUAACCGAGGAUUUCCAACGGCUCUUUGAUGUUUCGCGCACGAGGGUCCGCAGUGAUUUUCCACGGGGUUGUAUUCUAAUUUCACGAUGGCAGUGGCGAUGGAAUUGACCGCGACGCAGGUGGGUCGUUGGCCAAGAGCAAAGACAAUUGCCGAGCCGCUCGGGGAUCAGCCGCGUCGCGAAAGCGGCUUACCAGGGAGAAAAUGAAAUUUAAUUAACUGGAAACGACGCGGAAUCGCCGCUCGUCACGCGGCGCUCGCGUGAGCCACGACGCCUACGCGUCAUGGACUAGUAUUCUUUCAGCAGUGGCUAAAUGUAACUGCAGCUUUUACACGGACGUUAUUUUCGUUCGUCCGAGAUAAAUUAAAUAUUCGCGUGGGCGAUAUUGUUGAACAUUUUUACUAAUUAAUUAAUCCAUUCAACGAUGGUCUCUAAUUAACGAGAUUUCCUCUAACUGGAAAGGAAUCAGGAACCGACAUUUCAGAUGUAAAAAAAAAAUGCUCGAAAGAGUAGAAAGGGCAAAACUGCUCUAUUAGUUGCGGUAAAUGAUCGAAUUAUGCGUCAGACAGUUCCGCGAUAUCCUUAAAUCCAUCCCGCUCUCUUCCAAACGAUAUUUCGUCCACGAAGAUUUCUCGUAAAAUUUUUUCCUCCGCUAUCGACCUGCUAUAAAAUUUUCUAAAAUACAAAAUCGGGAAAAAACAACGAUACAAAGGGACGUGAAAGCCGGGGGGUCGAUCGAUGUGUGCGAUUUAACGUGAAAUGGCCUGCGUCGAGCGCGAGGGACGGCAGGGGCGGAAAAACAAAGGCGGGUGGCGCGGGGACGGCAAGGGUGGUAGGCCGGAGUGAAAUCGACGAGGGUUGGGAGAACGGGAAGGCGGAUGGGACGCGCGGGUUCGCCAAUACAAAAAGGGAACCUGGAGAUUAUGAUCUUCCAUUCGUUCGCUCGUUCCAAUUAUUUUGUCCAAUUAAAAUAUCGAUUUUCUCCCCGCUUCCCCUGUCGUGGCUCUGCCUGCGAGUACGUUCGCCUUUUACCGUGUCGUCGUCCUCCCCUUACCCCUUGUCUGCCUCCCCACCCCUUGCAUUCUACCCCAUGUUCGCAGACAACCCCAGAUCAGAGGCGAAAGCGAAUUUUUCGGCACCCCACGCCAAAUAAAUCGACGUUUCUUCUCGUUUCGCGAUCGCAAGGUUCGAAUUUGUUUUCUCAAUGAUUUCUUUCGUUCGUUCGAUGGGUUUCUUUAAACGAAACGUUCGACGACGUUUCGUGAAAGAACAUUUUUAUGAAGCGAACCACGAUUGGCGGUUCGAAGCGUGGCGGUGUUUACGGCUUUUUAAUUAUACACGCUUCGAGUGCUUUCAAUCGAUAUCAAAGUCGAACGACCUUAUCUUUCGUAGAGGCGACGGACGAAGACCUCGAAGUUUCUGUAGACACCUGGAACGAAACAACUGUAUUUCUUUCGACACACUAAUUUUUAAUUGGAUAAAUAUUUAUGAAGUUACACAAGUGAUUUUACCUUAGUGUUUGCUCGUACACCGAACAAUAAGAAGUGUACACAGCCUUGACGUAUUGAAUGCUACCGAGGAUAAAUGGAGCUCGAACGUUUUCUUUUGCCACCCUGCUUAUUUGCGUCAUUACCAUUCGUGACGUUAAUAAAUUUCGAGUCCAUUGAUUUUAAUACAAAUAAAUACAAAGAUAAUAUAUCCUUUAGAAGUUGGAGAUAUUCCAAGUGCUCUAAGCAAAAUAUAAAUUAUUCGAUAAUGUUUUAAGGCUUCGCUAAACUUUCCGAGCUUAUCGAGAGGCGAAGUGCCCUGAUCAGCGUAUUCCAAUCACUCCGCUAAUAGAAUUUGUCGAAACGAUCAGCCAGGCGAAUGUUUUCGAGGGCAAAUCAAUCACGAGCGUUUCGCGAAUCGCAGACCGGCUCUCGGUUUCGUCGUUUUUUACGGGAAGAAAUUAUCCCUCUAAACGGCUAUUAGACACGACCGGCGUGUGGAAGUUCUCUGAGAAUAGACGAUCUAAUUCCGUGAACGGGAGGAAGGGAGGAACGGAGAAAGCUGCGUCGGAUGGUGCGAGAGAAAGAGGUGGGGGAUGAAGGGCCGGAGGGGUUGGAGACGGACCACCGUGAUUGCAAUUUUAACGCCAAUUUGACUUGAAUCUCUUCUGCACGAAAGAAAUAGUGUUUUCAUGCUCAAUAUAGCGGCGUGCUAAUAAUUAACGGCCACGCCGUGCCACUUUGUCGUUUAAACGUAAAGGGUGUCCCAAUCGUAUCGAUUCAGCAAGUUCCACCAUAUCUUCGAAAUAUGUACGUAAUAUUAUUCUAAGCUGAUAUCGAAUUAUUUUCGUUACCAUAAUUCUACGUCUUUGGAUUUAAUUCUAUCCACUUGCUAUUUCUCGAAGUGCUAUAUUUUACAUUUUAUACCCGAUGUUCGAAAUACGACGUAUUCGAUUCUCAGCUUAUCGAAAUUUUCUCUUUCUAACAGACCUGCCCAAAUACUCUUACGACGUCGAUCCAAACAAAAACGAUUCUAUUAUCCGUCUUUUUUUAAAAUUUCGUCUAAAAUACGAAACUUCGGGUCUGCCGAAACGCGCAUGCACGCGGCAACGGUCCCGGGAAACAUCAAGCUCAAAACUAGAUGACACACCGUGUACGUGUACCGAGCGGGUCUUGCGGAGCUAGCGGGUGGUCCUCAUUAUGUCGGCUUCCCCACCGCUCAGCCGUCCUAUCUAUUUAACGUAUCGUUUGCCUUGGUAACUAUCCAAAUUGGCCCAUCCCUCUCUAUGCGCUGCCAGCCACCGUCUCUCCCGAUCUCACUUGUGCUCUCCUUAAUUAUUCGGUAGCCGAUGUUUAAUAACGCCACCGUUGCGCGUUUCUCGCCAGCGCUCUUCGACCCGAUCCUUAAUAGAAAACACUCGUUUCCUGCGAACGGUGACGUCGAGUCGUUCCUCGAUGAUCGACUAUGCGAAGACCAGGGACGAUGUUCCGUUUAUAGUUUACAAGGACAAUUAACGAGAGAAGAUUGGUGAAGAAAUCGUUGUUUUGUAGAAAUUAAGAGAUAUUUUAUCGAAAUUUAUACAUUUCUGAACAUAGGCGAGCAUUGAAGGUCUUAAAUAGCGAUUCGUUUUGUGCACCAAAUGUUAGAACGACAUUUACGUCGGCUAUUUUGUAUGUCUCUGCAUCUUUGAAUUUCUCACAAACGUAUAAACACGCGUAAGUCUAAUUAUGGAUUCGGCGGAAAUUUCGAUAGUAUCGUUUCUUCGUUGAAAGCUCUCGUUCGUUCGGCAAACCGUUGGAAGUAUUCGCGUCAAUCUCGGUUAUUCGAGAUCCGGCGUUUCCUGUUCCCGCUGCAAUUCCAUCGAGACAGAAUUAAUCCAUCGUUGCAGGAAGCUUGUACGUGUGUUGGUUUCUUCGGAACCGCGUUUAAUUUCAGAAUUUCAAUAGCCGCGUGAUCGACGUGGACCCUGCCACUUCUUGCUACCCACGGUUAACCAGAAGCAGCGUGGUGGUUAAGAUAUCGAUACGAGGCCGAUGAAUUCGAAAGUCAAUGGCCCGUAAACUUUAAUGGCUGUUGUUAACGAAAGACAUCUCAUUUCGCUUUGUUAAAUCGUUUUACGAUCCCUUUGGCGAAGUCGUGAUUUCUUCGUGACCAACUGUCCUGUUGUAUCGCAAAGUUUCUAGAAAUCUGCAAGUUUUCCCGAGUUUAUCGUACACGCCGAAGUCACAACUCUCUGUAUUCCAGAAUCUAGUCCCGAUACAGAGCGGACGAAGCGUUCGUAAAUUCAAUAAGCUAUAACUGACCGAUAACGCGCGCGUAAACCGAUUUCCCAGCUGGGAACCGCGUUGGAGGCCGAUCUGUCCAGGUCGAAACUAUGUACAAUUACCGUUUUAAUCUGCAGUUUCGAGGGCCAUAAAUAUCCGCGGAGCCGCUCAUCGACACCGACAAAGAGAACGCGGCAGAGAUGCCGGCAGGGAAGUUCGCGCGAGCAAAUUUAUUGCCGCGGCCGAUUCCACGCGGACCAAGCGUCUAUGAGCUUUUAUUCCGCCGCGGUAUCGACAGCCUCGAUCGGCGUUCUUCUCUGGUCGCGCAGGGCUUUUCGGCCGAGUCACCGUGACAAUUAAUCGCCGUCGUGCUUCGUUCCUCCGGUAUUCGCGUUUCGAGCAAAAAUAUAAAGGAGAUUUUCCGUGAUUUUUAACGUUACUCUGCCUGGCUUUUUGUUUGGCCGAUGGUAAUCUGUAGAUUGAAAACCGUGGAAACAAAGCAAGGCAAGGACGAAGAACCGAAGCGAUUUUUACUACGGAGCUUUUCGCCUUUCUAACCGAGUGUAUUAUCGCGUAUUUUACUCGAACAUACCGAGAUAAACCAUUCAAACGUUACCGCAAAACAAAUGGAUUAAUUUAAUGAAAACACAUUGAGGAUAACGUAGUUGCGCUCGGUCUGACCAUAAUCGGGUUAAAUCUACUGUAAUGUAAUCAAACCGUUCUAUGAUUUAACCGCGGACUGGCGCCAUCUAAUAUCGAAUUUAUCCACGUAAAUACAAUCUACAAAUCCACCGUCGCUCCAUUUGUGCCAAGGGAAACGAUCGCGCCAAAAACGGCCACAUCCGAUGGAAAAAAUACAGCAAGCUUCCUAAAACGUUUUCCUACGGUCCAGUUCUUGCAACGUUACGGAAGACUACGCGGAUAGAAGCGAAACGGAAUCGUUUCCAUCGAUCCCUGACGAAGAUAUCGAUCCCCUUUGGCGGGCGGACCAAGUGGCAGCGCGAGACGGCGGAAGUUCGCGCGAUGAAAUUUACGGCUGCAGCCAAUUCCGCGCAAAUGGAAGACCAUCUAUGAGGUUUUAUUCGGCCUGGUUAUCGCUGCCACCUAUCGGCAGGCAUUUGUUUUUGCUUAUCGGCGGGGCUACGUCAAGCCCGUGUAGGGGGAGGCCACCGUAAAUAUGACGGACGGAUGCGACGAUGGGAUCUCAGCGGCGUCAGAACAAACGAGCGCCACGGACCCGAGGCCCCGAAAGUCUCGUACUCGGCUCGAUCGAGAGGGAUGAACGACCAAGAGACCUCCAGCGCCGACAGGGCUCCCGUUCGACUACGAAUCGAUAUACCUGGCUGCGCGAACAAACGAAGUCUAGCAGGAGAAAGGGCUGCUCGAACCAGCACUAUCUUCCAGUUCUUUUCUUUCUUCGUCACCCCUUUCUCGCGUCUAUGCUCCUCUUAUACGCAUCUCCGCUCUUCCAAGAGUUUCUCCUCCGUGUUCCUUUAUUAGAGCGAUUAAGGAAUCUGUAUUACGCGAACGACGCGCGACGGAGCCGUAGUCGUUCGAUUAUACCGUUUGAUCAGUUGGAGCGUGAUCGAUCACAGGGAAAGACGGUCGUUACUUCCACCUGAGAUUUCGAAACGUCAGAACGUAUCAAUAACAACGCGAUGAUCGAAAGCACUCGAGGCGAGCCUGCAUUUUUCCACUCUUAAUCACCGACCCUAAUUGGUCAAUUACGCUCAUUACCGUCUCCUACGGUAGAGAGGCGAGUCGAACGAUAAAAUCACUUUUCUCUCUCUCUCUCUCUCUCUCUCUCUCUCUCUCAAUCGCUAUCUCUAUCUCUUUCCUUCGCUCUGCUUCUCUCACCCUCUCUCUCCCUCUCGUCCGCGUGCAUCAGCAGAGGAGGUGGUUCCCCACCAGAGAACCGUAUCCAUGGGUAAUCCCUGCCUGCCGUGCCUCCCCUGAAACCGAGCUGGACGUAGUUGCAAGAGAGAAACUUAUCCCUGGCAGGGAAAAAUCCGCGGGUCUAUAGCUCUGGUUCGACUCCGUUUCACGGUAAAGGAACCCGGCCAUGGAGGCGGAGCGAGCAGAGCCAUGCCCCUUCUGCCGCCUCGAGGCCUCGCCCACUUUUGAAUUUCCCCUUUCUCGCAUUUUCGUCCCCUCCCCGAACCAUCGUUCCUGCUCUGACAACGUCUCUUUUCAAACAACGGCUGGGUCUCCCACUAACCGAGGCGCCUCCACCCGCAAAACGAAAAAGUCCGAACGCCGCAGUCGACGAUGGUCAAAGUCAGUCGACACGGAGAGCUCGAGUCGAGUAGAGGCUAGUCCAGGUUAGCUGGCCGGGAGAUCCAUCGAUCCGUCGAUCCUCGGCUCACCUGUCAAACGCGUCACGCAUCCUUCUUCACGCGUUUCCGUGAUUAUUCUUGGAAAAUUGUCGUCGAGUGUGACUCGAACACCAUCGGAUAGCUACAUAUUCGAUCGCUUCAUCUUCUUCGACGUCGAAUCGCGUCGAUGAGAUUGUGUGGAAUCAGUGAGAAAGACAUUUCGUCGAAUCACAGACAUUCGCACUUUAUUUCUCCUCUUGCAUCGGUGACAAGAUAGUCGACAAAGGUAUCGGCAAGAUGAGAGCAUAGAAGAUCGAAGAAGAUUUGCUCGGAGUGAUUCAGUGAAGAGAUAUAGAUUCACAGAGGUGUUCGAUCGCGGUCUAAGAAUGACAGUACUAAGGAUGACCUCCCCGGUGACGCCUCCAUCGAGCAGUCCAGGUUCCCACGAGGCCCAGGCGCCCCAGCCGACUUCGAAACCGGUGCAUCGAUUGAGCUUUUCCGUCGCGGCCUUGUUAGCCGACACUAAAAAGUCGGACUCCUCCAGACAAGAAACGUCCUCCGUAUCACCCAGAUCGUCACCCUUGGCCUCUUGCUCCCCCGUGAGACAGGAGAACCUGCCAGUCAGUCCGAACUCCGCGUUACAAAAACAUCCAGGUGACUACAGAUCGAGAUACCUGUCGGUGUCUCCGAGCGUCCAGGAACAUAGACGGAUCGCAUACGGCUCCCUGGACGCGAGGACGCUAACCAGGUUUCCCGAGAUCGAGGUGGACAGGGUAGAAUCCCCCGGUCAACGCUCCAGAACGCUGGAUUACGCGGUUCGAAGCUCCACGGACUCCGGAUCCACGUCGGAAGUCGCACCAGGUUCCUCGUCUCCCAAAGUCGUCACAGUCGGUCACUCGGAUUUCGGUCCUCAAUCUCCUAGAAGCAGCUCUCACGAAGCCAGGUCCAGGUGUUCGGAACCGGAAGACAUCGAGGAAGAGGACGAGAACAGUCUAGUCGACGUGGAGGACCUACAGCAUCAGCAUCAGGGAAGCAGUCCGACGCCGGUCAGACCGACUCCAGCGUAUAUCGGAGGAUUUUCCAGUUUGGGAGGCAUCUCUGGCAUUCCAGCCGGGCUACAUCCCGCGGUUUGGGGUGGCGGACAUCAGGGUGCAGCGGCAGCAGCAGCCGCCGCCGCCGCCGCCGCUGCCACGGCGAGCUUCUUCCCCUCGCACUUCUCUCAUCACGCGCCAUUAAACGAGAACGGAGAACCGGCCAAGAUCAAGUGCAACCUGAGGAAACACAAGCCGAACCGGAAGCCGAGGACGCCUUUCACCACGCAACAAUUGCUCGCGCUCGAGAAGAAGUUCACCGAAAGGCAAUACCUCAGUGUCGCCGAGAGGGCCGAGUUCUCCUCCUCUCUUCAUCUCACCGAAACCCAGGUGAAGAUCUGGUUCCAAAAUCGUCGCGCGAAGGCGAAGCGUAUGCAGGAAGCGGAGAUCGAGAAAUUGCGGAUGUGUGCGGUCAGGCAGCAGCACACGACGCUGUACGGCUCUCAUCCGGGACUCUUGGCCCCGGCUAGUCUGUAUCCCGUCGGAAUGCUGUCUCAUCCCGGUUUAACGCCUCAUCAUCCGAUCUCUCAGCACUCGUCCAGAGAAUGAAAGCGACAGGAGGAGCCAGAGACUCGCCACGAUCGGUAGUGAACCGACCUGUCCUCGAUCCAACGAUCGAUUCUUCUGCGAAACUGUUUCUGGAUCCGUUUGGAACGGAAGGAAGAACGAAGAAAGAACGAUUCGAAGGAAGAACGUAGGAUCUGUGAGUUUUGAGAUGUCAGACAAAAAACGAGAGAAACGGACGAAACUAUCGUGAAAUAAAAUUCACAGAGCAUCGAAGAACGGAAGAGAAUGAUCAACGAGAAGUCAGUCGAACGGAUGUCGGCCGGACUCGUGCAAGACGAAUCCACGUGUUUCGGUGAGAAAGUGAUUCGGAGCGUAGAGAAGUGCUCGAUCGCGAGUUAGAAGCAUCGACAAGAAGACAAUACCUUCGAAGUGAAAUACCUUUAUGAGAAGUCUAACCAAAGCGGAACGCGUUUCGAGAAGAGAAACACGAUUCUGGAUGAAUUUGUGGACUCUCUCUUCGCGAUCGAAUCGUUCAAGUAAUGAACUUGUCUAGUGAAAGACGACAGAGAGAGAGAGAGAGAGAGAGAGAGAGACCCAAAGAACAAAACGUCACUUCUAUGGGGAGCCAUAGUGUAUCGUGAAUUUGUGCCAAUAUCAGACAUGCUCCCGUGUCUUGUACAUAGAGUGUAAAUAAUCGUUCUCCGGUUGAAAGUUUACGUAGCCUUGUAAAUAGGAUGUUCGCAAGAUGAACGAUAGUUCUAACCUGCAAGGAUCGGUGGAUCGAAGCCGCCGAGGCCUGUUUUCCAAUUUUGUAUAAAUGUAAAACCGUCGCCAAGAGAGUAGCAGAGUUUAUUUAAUAAAACACACAGUAUAGAAUUAACGCCUGUUGUUCCUAACUU